AAGAAAUUGCACAUAUCAGAAAGUGAAUCGUUGCGUAGCGUUAAGCACAUUUGUAAAGUUGUUUUGGGGACUGCUGACAUUACAUUGUCACUUUGGCAAACUUUACACAUAAAAGGAACUCUCUCUCAAGUGUGACCACAACCUAUUUUCCUCUAGAGAUCAACAACUAUGGCUCAGGUCAAUGGCCAUGAUCAUAGUACAUGGGAAUCUCACAACAAGAUGAUGCUGGAACCUCUGAGCACAAAUGAUCCUGAGGUAUUUGACAUUAUAAAGAAGGAGAAGAAAAGGCAGACAUAUGGAUUAGAGCUCAUUGCCUCUGAGAACUUUACUAGUCGAGCAGUUUUGGAAGCUCUGGGCUCCUGCAUGAAUAACAAGUACUCCGAGGGCUAUCCUGGACAGAGAUAUUAUGGAGGCACCGAGCAUGUGGACGAAUUAGAGCGUUUGUGUCAGGAAAGAGCUUUGAAGGUUUACGGGCUUGACCCAGAGAAAUGGGGAGUGAAUGUUCAACCGUAUUCUGGGUCACCUGCAAACUUUGCUGUGUACACAGCCAUUGUGGAACCUCAUGGACGGAUCAUGGGCCUUGAUCUGCCUGAUGGUGGCCAUCUCACCCAUGGCUUCAUGACUGACAAAAAGAAAAUCUCAGCCACUUCCAUUUUCUUUGAGUCUAUGCCUUAUAAGGUCAACCCAGAAUCUGGAUACAUUGAUUAUGACAGACUUGAGGAAAAUGCUCGCCUCUUCCACCCCAGACUUAUCAUUGCAGGCACCAGCUGCUAUUCCCGUAAUCUAGACUACAGUCGCCUGAGGAAGAUAGCCAGUGAGAAUGGGGCCUAUCUUCUGGCAGAUAUGGCUCACAUUAGUGGUCUGGUUGCAGCAGGAGUGGUUCCUUCUCCAUUUGAAUACUGUGAUGUUGUUUCCACCACUACCCACAAGACCCUCAGGGGCUGCAGAGCAGGAGUCAUUUUCUUUAGAAAAGGAGUUCGCAGUGUUGAUGCAAAAGGGAAGGCGACUCUGUAUAACCUUGAGAGUCUGAUUAACCAGGCAGUGUUUCCUGGACUUCAAGGUGGCCCUCACAAUCAUGCCAUUGCAGGAGUUGCUGUUGCUUUGAAGCAGGCUCUAACUCCAGAGUUUAAGACAUAUCAAAUGCAAGUUCUGGCCAAUUGCAAGGCUUUAGCAGCCACCCUUAUGGAAAAGGGCUACAAGAUUGUUACAAGUGGCUCUGAUAAUCACCUCAUCUUGGUUGAUCUGCGUCCAAAUGGAAGUGAUGGAGGGAGGGCAGAGAAAGUGUUGGAGGCAUGUGCCAUUGCCUGCAACAAGAAUACCUGUCCAGGUGAUAAAAGUGCCUUGCGUCCCAGCGGCCUUCGUUUAGGGUCUCCGGCUCUUACUUCCCGAGGGCUUUUGGAGGAUGAUUUCCGCAAGGUUGGCGAGUUUAUUCAUCAGGGCAUUGAGUUGACAUUGGAGAUCCAAAGAAACAUGAAUCCUAAAGCAACUUUGAAAGAGUUUAAGGAUGAAAUGGCUCAAAAUGAGGAGUAUCAACUGAAACUCAAAGAAAUCCGAGAGGAGGUGGAAGCCUUUGCUGGAAAAUUCCCCAUGCCAGGGUUGCCAGAGUUAUGAGGCUUUUUAGUCUUCCAGAAAUAUUUCUUUUCAUUUGAUUGGCACUGAGGUUUAAAUACAGUGGAACAGUCUAUUCCUAUUACCAUGCACCUUAAUGUGAUGAUUUCCAGCAUUCAAAUGAACUGUCUGUCUUGGAUAUAACCAAUGAUCACUCUCAAUUACUUUUGUUCUUUACUUGUUUUCUGUGGUUACACUCAAACCACUUUAUUGUGAUUAACCAUCUCUUUCUGUGAAAAGUGAAUUGCACUGAAAUGCUUUCCAGAUAGCACUAACAGAAAAAUAUCAAACUGCAUUAAAGUGGAAUACUAUUUACUGUAAUAAGUUACAUUUUCAGAACAAGAUAAUGUGCCUUUGAACUAUAAAAUACAUUAAAGUAUGCUCUUGGUGAAGACAGCAUGAAGACAACACUAGUUGUGUUGCAAGUUAAAAGCACCGCACAGCAUUAAAUCAGAAAUAAUUUAAUAAAACUGAAGGCAGAGUAAUUUCACAGUGGGUAACAACUCAAAGCACACAGAUGACCCCCACAAUUUACUGUACUUACAAUUCAUAAAUACUUUAGCAUGAAGAUUACACCUCACCUUACCCCAGACAAGCUCACAAUACUGUCUUAGAAUAGAUUUGUGUAAGGUAGCAACAAAAGUAUAUGAUUAAGACACAAAAGAAAAGAAAAUGUGUUAAAAACAAUAAAAAAGAAAAUAACAUUCUUGGA